UCUGCGGACUGCGAGACACGACGGGCUCUCUCUCUUCGCUGCUGCCUUUCUCUCCUCAGUCUCACUUUCCUCGGAGAAGAAGAACGACGCGAGGGUGCUUGCUGCUCCUCAGACACGUGCUUUCUCUCCUACUUUCUCUCUCUCCUUCUCUUGGGCAUUGCUCUCCUGGCGAAAGUCUCCUCAGUGGCUGCUCCCUGUCCAUCAUCUCGCUCUCUCUCUCUCUCUCCAUCGGCAUGUCGCGAAGAAAACAAGCAAAACCAAGAGCUGUCUUUAAAAGUGCCGACGUGGAGGAAGAGUUGGCCAACAUGGGAUCGGAUGACUUGAUGCAAGAUUAUCAUCAAGAAUUGGACAGUGAUGAUGAUGGGUCGGGUUCAGAUACGAUGGAGUCGGAAUCAUGCUACUCGGAAGAGACGCACAAUUCUCCCAGUUCGCCCAGCUCUUCGGGUGAACAGGAAAUUAGUUUCACCAUCGGCCCCACGGAAUCCACGCCGUACGGAUGCAAUUUCUGUGAAAAGGCAUUCCCCCGAUUGUCCUUUCUCAAGAGGCAUGAACAGAUCCAUUCGGACCAAAUGCCGUUCAAGUGUGAUUUUUGCCAACGCCUGUUUAAGCACAAAAGGUCACGUGACAGGCACGUCAAGCUCCACACGGGUGACAAAAAGUACAAAUGUCCGCAUUGUGAAAGCGCCUUCUCCAGAAGCGAUCACUUGAAAAUUCAUUUGAAGACCCACGACCACCAGAAACCCUACCAGUGUGUCGUGUGCAAUCGUGGCUACAACACGGCCGCCGCUCUUACCUCCCACAUGCAAAAUCAUAAAAAAGGUGACAGCAGCAACAGCAGUCAACACACGCCGAGUCCCUCCUCCUCCACGACGUCCACCACGACCACGACAACAACAACCACUACCUUCCGUUGUCUUCAGUGCCCGCAAUCCUUCCCCAGCGGUGAAGAACUAUCAGCUCACACUCAAUCCGCUCAUUGCGAACCAAUCCGAUCUACCAAACCUGUCCCCACACCACCGACGACAUCGUCCCCUUCAUCCUCGUGUAUUUACUGCUCAUCCACGUUCUCCUCAAUCGAGUCCCUCCAACUCCACGUACAAGCCCUUCACGGUCCACACCUGCUCAUCCCACCGGGAACUGCCCUUUUGGAAAUUCCAUGCACCCUCUGCACCCUCAAGUUCUCUUCACUCCAAUCGCUCCACAAACAUCUCGUCAACAGUCACAGCUUGUCCUUUUAUCUCAACAAUAAUAUCUCAACUGCGGGAUUAAUGCUGUUCAAGGGAGGAACUGGGAGUUUGGGUGGUGGAGGUGCGAGUUCGAGUGGAGGAAGUUCCCCACAAUCCAUGCCAACGGAUUUAAGCAGCAGUGGGGGAAGGAGGGCGGCGGCGACGGCGAGUAAUAAUUCCCUGCUUUGCAAUCAGUGUGGGGCGGGAUUUGAUAAUUUUGAAUCAUUUCGGACCCAUUUGAAGCAACAUUUGGAUCUUCCAUCCUCACCGAGUAGAAAUUAUCCGUGUGAUCAGUGCGAUUUGGAAUUCAAUUCUGAAGAACAAUUAGAAGCUCAUGCCACGAGCCACUACCUCUCGACGACGAGCAUGGAAUACGGCUGCUCCAGUUGUCUCAAAGCAUUUGCUAAACCUGACGAAUUACAAAAACAUUUACUCGAUAUUCAUGCUCAUCAUUUGUACAGGUGCUCAUUGUGCAAGGAAAUAUUUGACUCAAAAGUUUCCAUCCAAGUCCAUUUCGCCGUGAAACAUUCAAACGAAUGCAAAAUGUUUCGGUGCAAUGGUUGCUCUGGAGUGUUUCGGUCGGAAAUGGAAUUUCAGUUACACGUCCGCCUGCUGCAUCUCCAGCACCAUCCAAACAAUCAUCACAGCAACCACCGCUCCACUCCAUCAAUAUCUUCUGGAUUUCGAUGUCUUUUAUGCGCUGCCACGUUCCCCACCGAGCUCGACCUCUCCUUCCACCAUGCCGCUCACCAAAAACAGUUUAGAUGCAAAAUUUGCGAUGAGGCCUUCCACGUCGAAUUCCUGUUGGACAAGCACACGAUAAGCCACCACUCAACACCUCCCACGUCCACCUCCUCCACCACCACUCCCACGAUAAAUUCCAUCGAAAAAUGUGAAAUAUGCGACAAAUCCUUCCCUGAUCUUCCAUCCCAUCGUAAAAAUGUUCAUCACAUUCUGACCACUCCAACCACCACCACAAGCACAGAAGAAACCACUGAAAAGAAGAACCAAAAGUCAUCCCGAACAUUAUCCCUCAACUGCGCCUACUGCCCCACCGUGUCAAAAUCAAGAGCGGAGCUGGAAAAUCAUAUGAAAUCCCAUCAAAUCGUUGGGAAAAAUAAAUGCAACAUUUGCGAUGAAGUCUGUCCAACGGCCACUCUCCUCGCGGAACACAAAUUAACACAUUGCAAAGUUGUGGGAGGAAAUCGAUGCAGCGUUUGUAAAGAGGAUGUUAAGAGCAGAGGGGACUACAUGCAACACUGGAGGGGACACGGGGGGAGCACCUUCCCUGCGCCGUGUAUUGUAUGCAGGCAGACGAUCGGGAGCGACGUUGAACUCCAACUGCAUUCACGAUACCACACGACGGACACAAAAAGCCCACCACCUCCCCCAACAAGGACCCCACCAACACCAACAAACAACCCCACCAGCACCCCACGAUCAUAUCACUGUAUAAAAUGCCAAUCCACCUUUUCCUCAGAAUCCGAGAUCCAAUCUCACGUAACGCUAACUCACCUAUCCUCCCCGUCAAACUCCUCAAAUUCUUGUCACCUUUGUCCUCGACCAACCCCGUUCUCCUCUCCUCUCAAACUGCAAGUUCAUUUAAUUGAGCAUAAUUUUGAAGGGAUUUCCUCCUUUAGUUGUUACAUUUGUUCGGCUGUAUUCACUUCUGCAGGGGGACUGCAAGGUCACAUGGUUGGAGAACACGGACUGCAAGCCAGGCCGUACGACUGCCCCGAAUGCCAUCUCAAAUUCUGGUUUCGAACGGAAAUGGACAACCAUUUGGUGACGCAUAGCAAUAAUAAUGUUUUGAGUAAUAAAAGGAAGAAAAGUUGUGCGAAUAUUAAAGGAAAUAAGAGGAAAAAUAAUAAUGGGAGUGGGAGCAACAGCGGGGGUUUGAGUGGGGGCUUGAAUUCCAAUGGGAAGAAAAAGAGAAAGUUCUUUUAUAGGGAUGAUUCCGAUGAUGAUGAAUUUAGAGUUGGUGGUGGGGAGGUUUUAGUUGAAGUUGGUUGAGGUUUUUUUUAGUUGGAAAUUAUGAAAUAAAAAGUUGGUUUUGCUGAAUA